UCGUUUUACAACACGCGACCGCUCUUCUUGUUAACGCCGAUAUAAACAACCACUUCUUGACGACUUGCUCGGAAUUUCCAGAAAUCAUCUGCGCCGUUGCGCACCAUCCAUCACCAUGUCGAGCGACGACAACACCGACUGGGCUGCACAGUCCCCUGGUAUCCACGACACCAUCAACAUGAUUGAACGUAUCUGCUCGAUUCCCUCUGUGAUCGGCUGUGUCUUCGUCAUCACCACCUUCUGCCUCUCCGAGAGGUUUCAGAAACCGAUCAACCGCUUGGCCUUCUUCGCUACCUUUGGUAACCUUGCCACCAACGUUGCAACGCUGAUGGGACGAGAUUAUGUCUCGAACCCAACAGGAGCGGGCUGUCAGCUGCAGGGGUUUCUGGUCCAGAUGUUCAUGCCGGCGGACGCGUUCUGGGUAUUGGCGAUGGCCAUCAACGUCUACUUGAUCUUUGAGCGCCAGUACGACGCCCAGAAGCUGAGGGCAAUGGAGAAGUGGUACUUCCUAGGCUGCUACGGCCUGACAUUCGUCGUCGCUUUGGCGUUCUGCUUCAUUGAAUCACCUAAAAAGGGCAAGAUGUACGGGAAUGCGACACUGUGGUGCUGGGUCAGUCCAAAGUGGGAUAUCUUCCGUAUUGCAACCUUCUAUGGACCUGUCUGGGUUUCCAUUGGUUUCACCUUCUUCAUCUACAUCCGAGCCGGGCGAGACAUCUACAGAAACCACAAACAGAUCAAGAAGUUCAACAUCACCAGCUCUCUCGCGGGCGGCCCUGUUGACGAUACUCUGGUCUCUCGCAAGGUUACCGAGGUCUAUAUCACUCACGAGAUAGCCACUGGGAACGCCAUCGGACUCGUGGACCUGGAAAGGAACAACGGCACUCAGGAACACUCCGAUAACUCGGCAGCUCAAAGGGCAAACCCCAACGCCUACUCGGUUACUAUUUCGGCAGAUAAUCAGAAGGUACCAGAAACCACCAACGGCGACAACUUGGCACGCAUUACCACCACCACUGUGACUGGAGGCGUGUCUGGAUCAGCAAAUAAUACGCGAACAAAGAAUAAACAUAACAGCGCAAUGUGGCAUUAUUCCAAGUGUUCCCUCUUCUUCUUCACUGCAUUGUUGGUCACAUGGAUCCCCUCGAGUUGCAAUCGCGUCUACUCGGUGGUUCACCAUAACCAAACAGUGAAGGUCCUGGAGUAUAUGGGUGCUGGUGUCUUGCCGUUGCAAGGGUUCUGGAAUGCCCUUAUCUAUGCAGUCACUUCUUGGAAGGCAUGUCAAGGAUUCUUUGGCGAGGAUGUGAAGGGGUGGUUCUCAAAGGACACGGAUUCCGGAGACAGUCAGCGCCGAGAAGGUGGUCACCACCGCAGCUCCUCAAAGGCAAUCAAUGGGCAAGCUGCCAGUGUCAAGGCUAAUCCGUUCCAUAAGAUGGGUGGUCGGACGGCCCAUCCGUGCCCAGAGACGGAGAGCACGGAAGAGUUGGCGGCAUGUGGGAGUCGCAGGACCUCAUACGGGGGUGGUACCGACAGUAUUCCUUCCAAAGACAUGAAAUAAUAAUGGGCGGAUCAUUGAGAAUCACGUUUUUUUUUCUUUGCUUUUUUCUUUGUAUCUUCCAUCCUCGUGGGUAUUUAUUCACCAAAGGCAAACGAUCAUGUGCUUUAUGGUUUACGGUCUAUAAUGACAGAGAUAAUGGCGGUUAUUAGUCUUCUUUGUAUAUAAAUGUUCACGAUUCAUUUUUGUCAGGAACGUUUCUUCUUCUUCGUCGUGUCAGUGUCCUCCUUUGUGUUUUUGCCUUGAUACUCAGUUUCACACAGAAUGAAGCUUGAUGUUUCUCGGGAUACCUUUCUACGUAUGGGCGUGUCUGAUGUCUGGUUAUUCUAGAUUAGAAGUACAUGCAAUGCUAUUCCGCAUAUCAGGGGACUGGUUUGCGGUACCGUAACUGGC